AUGCCGCUGACAAGUGAUAUCACCAUCGACGCCUCCAAGUUCUCCUUGGAGAAUGUGAGCGAGGAGACAAUCGGCGUUAACAACUUCAUAGAGAGGGCGACUUCCAGUGGCCCAACAUGGCAAGAAGUCGGUCCUGUGAAGUUCCGUGAGAUGCGUGAAAAUGGCAAGACCGGAUUCGCUGCCCCGGUUUACCUCCCGGCGGCGAAGGACGUGGUUGUCUCAUCACGAGAUGCAGGUCGAGAUAUCGCCUUACGCGUAUACACCCCCGAUAAUGGCCAGCCCAGCAAGGGACUCUUCCUCCAUAUCCAUGGUGGGGGCUUCGUAAUGGGCACACACCAACACCAAGAUGGAAAGCUCAGAGAGUACGCCAACACCUUCCAGCUUACAGCGCUUUCUGUCAACUACCGACUCGCUCCCGAAAACCCCUGGCCUGCCCAGGUCCAUGAUUGCAUCGACGCUGCCGAAUAUCUUGUAGACAAGGGUGAACAUAUUUUUGGUGCCAGGCUCCUCUUCAUCAGUGGCGAGUCGGCUGGAGGUAAUCUGGCUGCAACAACCGCCUUUCACCUUUUACGCGCCCACCCGAACCACAAGAUUGCCGGCCUCAUCCUUCCUUAUGGUUGGUUUGAUGUUACCCAAAACUUACCCAUGGUGACCACCUUCGAACGACGGCUGCUUGUCAACAACGCAAAGAUGUUGGGGUUCGCAAUGGCUUACGCCCCAAACACGACGAUUGAAGCGCGACGAAACCCACAGAUAUCGCCCAUCUACGGCGACAUGAGGGGCUUGGCAAAGGGUGCACCAGGAGGCAAGCUCCCGCCGGCAUUGUUCCUGUGCGGGACCGAGGACCCAUUGCUGGAUGAUACUCUGCUGAUGGCUAUGAAAUGGAUGAUAACUGGGAGCGAAGCUAUCGUCAAGAUCUACCCCGGUGCUUGCCAUGCCUUCACGGCAGUGCCUGGAUUCAAGGCGGCCGAGGAGGCUUGGGAGGCUACCGUGGAGUUUAUGCGGGAGAAGAUGAAGGGUAUCUAG